GAUUACUGUUUUUGCACCGUGCUUCUUAACUUUAUUUAUUUUAUUUUUUUGUUCUUGAUAUGUUUUGUAGGGAACAUGCACUAGCAAAUGCGCUAUUUUGGAACUACUGCUGCAGUUUGGCAUCAUCCAAUCGCGUUGCGAGUUUCCGCGCAUGCGCAGUAUAAGCAUGAACGAUCCCUUUUCGUGAAAGUUCGGCCGAGCUUCGUGGUGGAUUCGUGAGUCUUCGCCAGCGCUCGACGCUUUCCGGCGCUCCCGAUAGCGAGUCGUGCCGCAGUUUCGUCCUUGCUCGCGUUGUUGUUGUCUGCGGUGACGCGGCGGAGGUGUACCCUGACGCGGGCUCUUACGUGUCGGACUGAAUAAAAAGUGGAGCUCCGGAGGCCCGGGAGUGACGCGAGAACAGAGAGAGCGAGUAAGCGAGUCCGUGACCGGGCAGGCCGUGCUAACCGAGUCCACCUCCUCUCCUCACCGCGGCUUUUCUAAAUGACCAUGGACGCAGGAGCAGAUGUGCAGCAGGGCAGCGAGACGGCCGUCUCUGAGACGGACACGCAGCAGAUCGCCACCCUGGCGCAGGUUUCCAUGGCAGCGGGUCAGGCCUCAGCCACCGGGCCGACUGUCACGCUGGUGCAGCUGCCUAACGGUCAGACAGUCCAGGUUCACGGGGUGAUCCAGGCCGCGCAGCCGUCUGUCAUCCAGUCUCCCCAGGUCCAAGCCGUACAGAUCUCCACCAUCGCUGAGAGCGAGGACUCACAGGAGUCAGUGGACAGCGUGACGGACACCCAGAAAAGGAGGGAGAUCCUCUCUAGGCGGCCCUCGUACAGAAAAAUCUUGAACGAUCUCUCAUCGGACACUCCAGCCGUGCCACGGAUAGAGGAGGAAAAAAACGAGGAGGAUUCGGCACCGGCCAUAACUACAGUCACCGUGCCCACCCCCAUUUACCAAACCAGCAGCGGACAGUACAUUGCCAUCACACAAGGCGGAGCCAUCCAGCUGGCCAAUAACGGCACAGACGGCGUUCAGGGCCUGCAGACUCUGACGAUGACUAACACAGCGGGGGCCCAGUCAGGCGCCACCAUCCUGCAGUACGCUCAGACCAGCGACGGCCAGCAGAUCCUGGUGCCCAGUAACCAGGUUGUGGUGCAAGCUGCGUCCGGAGACGUGCAGGCGUAUCAGAUCCGCACGGCGGCGUCCGGCACCAUCGCUCCCGGAGUGGUGAUGGCGUCGGGCCAGGGAGGUGCCGAGGAGGCCACGCGCAAGAGAGAGGUCCGCCUCAUGAAGAACAGGGAGGCAGCGCGAGAGUGCCGUCGCAAGAAGAAGGAAUAUGUGAAGUGUCUGGAGAAUCGCGUGGCCGUGCUGGAAAACCAGAACAAAACCCUCAUCGAGGAGCUGAAAGCACUUAAGGACUUGUACUGUCACAAAUCGGAAUAACACACACACACACACACACACACACACAUGCAGACAAACACAGCAGACAUAUCGUGCUUUUCCCCAGGUCCUACUGAGACAGUGACUCUUCCCCUUACACAGGCACCUGGGCAGCAGUCUUUUCUUUUCCUAUCUGUUUUUCUUUUUUAUUGCCUAUAAGAAAUGGAAAAAAACCAACUCUUAAAAUCGAAUGCCUUUAUUGUGUUCUGUAUAAAAAAAAAAAAAAAGAGCCAACGUUUUAAAAAGAGUAUCUCAUGACUCUUAAAACUCCAAAACGACCCGACGGACGUGUUUACGAGGCAUCGCAGACACAAAAACGUCAACAACAACAAAAAGCGUUUGCCGUGUUUUCGCGAUUUCAGUCGGGGAGAUCCCACGAUGCACCGGUGUUGGAUGGCCACGCCUCCUUUCAAUCACGCUGACUUUCUGGGAGACGGCGCUCGUCCGAUAUCAACGGGUGGGACUUGAGUGAAUUAACAAAUGAACCUCUGAUUCAUUUGAAUUUCUAUGUGCUUCUGUUACUAACACAUGAACCCUAUUUUGAUAUGGAAAAAUCUAUCGAAUAUGUGUGUAUAUGCUUCUGUUAUGUUUUUUUUUUUUUUUUUGCGCCAUUUAAUCUGCGCUUUUGCCUCUUUCUUUCACCUCCAGCGUCGUUGCUUUGUUUGCUGUCUUACAAGAAGUAGGACUUUGGAGCUAAAUCAGGAUAAAAGUGACGAUUUCUACGAUGUUUAAAAUACAGUUAUACGCUUUUCAACAUAAGUUACGCUUGUAAAACCUUUUUUUUUUAUAGAACAUUGUAACACGUACUUAUUCAUACCAGUUCUCAUUCUCGAGUUCAUUUUAAUUAUUGAUGUAUUCUUUACCCAUUUCAUUUAGCGGGACACAAUCCUAGACCGCUGCCUUUUUUUUUCUUUUUUUUUUUUUCCCUGAGGUUGCGUUAUGCCUAGGACUGGGAUUUUUCUAAAUCCCAGAUUAAGAAGAGAAAAAGGCAGCUUGUACCUGUAUCUGGUGCUCACUGCUGAAUCGAAAACCCAUGUUAUGUUAUGUUUCUGUUUUCUCCCAUCGAAUGUAGCCAUCUGAAACAACAUUAUAUGCAUCCUAUUUUUAAAUCUGCUUUUUUUUUCCCCCCUCCAUUUUUUUUCUGUAGACGUUGUAAUUUUAAUCAUGUGUUACUCGCACACGUGGAAUACAGUGCGUAAAUGCCUCCCGGAGCCGAUUAUCUUCAGUGAUUACACGUUCAGCAGCUGAUGCUAAUCAAAAGCGUCACUUAUGCCUGUUGAAUUUAGCGUUCUUGCUAAUUCCUGUGAUUUGGCAUGUAGAUCCUGUAUGCUUUCGAAAGUCCUUUUUGACCCUCUUCUUUCCAGGACAGAGUUGGCGGUGUCGGGCGUGUGCGUGUGUUUUACUUGAGCUCAGUUUAACCUGCAACCCGAGACUCAUGAAUAAUACAUGUUAACAGUCACUCCGCUUCAGGUCACACCACCAUGUUACUGAUUUUUCCCUUAUUUAAUUAACCGACAUUAUUGUAUGAAUUGUAUUUACUGAAUUAUAAUCGAAGGAACCAGUUUAUUUUCUUUUAAAUGAUCAUCUUCUUGCGUCUAGAGCAAUCUAUCUGGGCAUCUUCCUGAUCUUUUUUAAGACGUUCUAGAAAAGGAGAAACAUUAGGAAUCACUGCCCUAAAUAAAUUUCAGUGAUCUUAUCUGAAUUGAUGUUAUGACGUUGUCGUCGUCCGCCUUCGGCUGAAAGCUUUCCAAAAGCAUCUGCUCAGAGGACAAGGACCUGUCUUGCGCCGUCUGAGGUCCUCACGGUUUCUGUGUAGGAACGGAAAAGUACGGAAUUUGAUUAGAAUAAUUCUCCAGUCACACAAUUAAAUUUUGUCUGUAUAGUGCGUUUAAUGACGGACGUUGUCACAAAGCAGCUUUAGAGAAUAUAUAUAAAUUCAGGAUAUAAAAUGAAUCCCUAAUGAGCGAGCGAGAGGAAAAACUCACUAAGACGACAUGAGGAAGAAACCUUCAGAGGAACCAAACUCAUAAAGGAACCCAUCCUCAUCUGAGUGACACCGGAUAGUGCGAUUAUAAAUAAAUCCCUUCUAUUACUGUGUACUGUGUGGUCAAAAAGUGCAAUUGUGUAGCCAGGAGCUUCAUUAUAGCUUUAACAUGGUGUCUACUUUGUUGAUGUUAUUAGCUGUUCACUGAAGGUUCGUGACAACUGCAGUCCUAAAGCUAACAUAACAUAACUGUUCAUAUCAAUAGCAGUCCAAAGACAUCUUAAUGGUAUGUAAGUGGUACCAUCCUCAGUAAUCUCAUGUAUCAUGUACCUCAGCAGCAGUGAGUGCUUUCCAAGUGGUGAAAACAACCAGAAGUAGGGCAUCAGGAUGGACCAGGCAGGUCUGGAAAGCAGAAAGGGUCAGCAUCACUGGCAUCUCAGGAGUAGCAUGUGUAGCUCAAGAGAGGGAGAGAGAGAGAGAGGAAAAUUAAGUGAGGAAAUAUUUCUAUUUAUAUACAUUUGUGGUAUUUAUGACUUGUGUGUAGACACUUGCCAAUUCCCACCCGCCAACUCUCCCCGUUACAUCACAUGACCGCACACAAACAACUUUUUGAACUGUGGCCGAUGCGUCAUAGCAGUAAAACACUAACUGCCCUCUCAUAGACGGCCAAGAUUGGCUACUGUGGCUGAAAAAAAUGCUACCCCUCCCAUCCACAAAGCAUGGCUAAUUUUGCUACUUUAUCCAUGGAUCGCUGUGGCAUUGUCUAGAUUCAGACUCGCAGUCUCCUAAUGACGGGGCAAAUAUCUUUUUUGUUGCACCAUUUGGAAAAUGGCAAAUUAUACAUGUUUGCAAACAGUGCUGAAAAUUAGAGAAAGCCUUGUGGCCUGAAUAGACCCUUCCUUGUGUUUAUUAUUAUUAUUAUCAUUAUUAUUAUUAUUAUUAUGGGGGGGGGGUCAUGGAAUUCAAGGUCUCUGAUCAGUGUUCUAAAGACUCCUUGUGGUUUGUUAGCGUUGUCUUAUCCAAGAUUAAUACAGCUUUGGUCUGAACUGGAAAUCAAAAUACAAAGAAAUGUUUUUUCCCCCCCCCUUAUGUUUCAUACUUCUAAGAUCAAAAGUUUUCAGGAAACAUUUUUUAUUAAAAUGGGAAAAAAAAAAAAAUGAACAACGAAUAAUUUCUCCCCAACCCUCACAUACAAAAAAAACGAAUUAUCCAUAUAUUACUAUUAUGGGCUGUUCUGAUUUGUUGGCAUUCAACAUUUUUGUGGUUUGAAUUUGUAGUUCUACAGAAGUACGUUUAGUAUUUUUGCGUUGUUGAUUUAUUUGGUCCAAAUAAUUCCAGCACAUUUGGGCUAAUAUUGGAAAACCUAAAUAAAAAAAAAAAAAAGGAAACUUAAACUAGUCUUAUACAAUAAAGAAAAAUGUAUCGUGUAUAUGUGCCCAAUGUAGUGUUAGAUUCCUGUUCUUGGCGGCCGGGAGUGGAAUCUGAUGUGCUCUUCUGCUGUUGAAGCCCAUUCGCCUCAAGGUUUGACAUUUUGUGUGUUCUGAGAUCCUCUUCUGCUCACCAAAGUUGUAAAGCGUGGUUAUUAGAGUUACCAUUGGCCAUUCUCCUCUGACCUCUCUCAUCAACAAGGUGUUUCCGCCUGCAGAACUGAAAGUUGUUUGUUUUUCCAUACCAUUCAGUGUAAACUCUAGAGCAAUGGUGUCCAAUCUUAUCCGAUGUGGGUGCAGGAUUUAAUUCCAACCAAGCAGAAGCCACACCUGAGUCUAUUGAAAGCAAAGAUCAACUGAUUAAACAGGUGGAAUCAAGAUUGGACAACCUUGAUCCAACAACCAUGCCAUCCAUUCUGAUGUUUGACUUGAACGUUAACUGAUGGUCUUGACCCGUAUCUGAUUGGAUAAUUUCAUGAAUAAGCAAGAGUACAGGUGUUCUUAUUAAAGUGGCCGGUGAGUGUAUUUAUCUUUGUUGAUGAAUGCGCGUAUAUAAAUACUUUUGGUGAUUAUCUGUCAGAAAAGUGGGCAAAGGGUAGAAAUUUCGGAAAGGAAAAUAGAACUAUAUAAGAAAUCGUUCGACGUUCAUCUUCGCUAUAUUUGUGCAAUCGUGACACAUGGGGAGUUAUCACAUAGGAAGAGAUUCCAUUAGAAGAUAAACGGACAGAGCGAGAGAGGAUGUGACGGAGGAAUAAAGACUUUCGUGCACUUUUUUUUUCUCCGUUCGGUGGCAUUGACUUCAAAACUAAUUCGGUUUGUCGCAUCCGAAACCCAUAUAGAUUCGUCGAACACUUUUAGCGGAUGAUUGUGUUCUAACCGGGUGAGUGAAAGUAAAGAGGCUAAUCCUGACUUUGUCCAAAUGAAAAGCGAAAUCAAUGCCGGUUAGUAGGUAUGUCAAUCCAGAUGCUGCUUUGAGUUUGAAUGUCAGUCCUAGCUAAAUGAGAUCAUUAUGCUGAAUGAGGAUCAAUAAUGAUGACUCUAAACUAUUAGUAUUGAUCCACCAAAUGAUUAGACCUACAAAUGACCCAUUACAGUGGCUCAAUAAUAAUGAUUUGAGUGACAGCACACGUUCAUGAUUGAACAGCACACAAAUGUGCUUGGAAUUAACUCGUGUAUAGCUAAAACUAUGCAACGAUGCAACACAGAUAAUCGACGAAACAAGCCACGUCCCAUGCUCGCACAAGUCUGUGUGCAGAAAGACAGCAGGCGUUUAUAGCAUCCAAACUGCAAUCUCGACAAUAAUCCACAGGCAAACACACACGGCUGCUUUGCAUCAGCUUCCCUGCUCGGCCAUUCGUUAGUCACAUCUGAUUAGUGAUCACUGAUAUGCACGGAGUGAUUGUUUCUGCUCUGCUACAGCUGUGACAGGAAGACCAGCUG